UAUAUAUACACAUAGACUGCUCAGAUGUACACUGACAGAGCUAUCACCAUCUUUCAUCGGAUAAGUUUCAAUUGUCAGCAUACGGAUUUACUAACAGUAUUUCUUAAAACAAAUUUGCAAGACUUCACAACAACAACUUCUCAACAAUAUCCACUGAACAUAUAUCUAUCAUGGAACUCACUAUAACGCUUUUGAACGGGAACUCACUUCCCCUGACAGUUCCGCCACACACCACCGUGGGGUCUCUCAAGAGUUUGAUUCAACAACACUUUGAAGUGGCCACAACAAAGCAGAGGCUGUUAGGCGUCAAUGGGAACAACAUCAGUCUCAGCGAUGAUUCAAAAACUUUGAGCGACUAUGGCCUGCAUUCAGGAUCUAAAGUGAUGGUGCUGAUUACGGAGCCCACGCCUAUCCAGGUGUUCCUGAAAAACGAAAAGGGCCAGACACACACAUAUGAUGUGGUGCCUGGUGAGACUGUAACCCAGUUCAAAGCCAAGGUACAAAACAAGGAGGCAGUCCCUGCCAAUCAACAGAGGCUGAUUCAUGAGGGUAGGCAGCUCGAGGAUGGCCAGAGGCUGGAGAACUACAACAUCAGAAAUCAAAGCAUCAUCUAUCUGACGCUCCGUCUAAGGGGAGGCUGAAGAAACCCAGUAUCGACCUGAAACCACCUGUCACAUGAAGCCCUUAACUUAUUAUGCAUUCCAUGUCUAUAGAGAAAAAGCAAUCAAUCUUGAACAAAAAUGUGAAUUGUCCUACAUUUGUAUUCAAUUGUAAACUUUAAAUUAAGCAUGGCUGAUAUAGGCGUAUAUUAAUGAGAUUGUUAUCAAGUAAUAAAAAUGUAUAAAACUAAAACUGUCAA